AUGUGCGCGUACCUCCGCGCGGGCCGCCUGGCCGACGCGCGGGAUGUGUUCGACCGGAUGCCCGCGCGCGACGCCGCCUCCUACAGCGCGCUCAUCUCGGGCCACGCGCGCCUCGCCGGCGGCUCCGGCUCCGCCACCGCCGCCUCCGCGGAGCUGCUCGGCCGCAUGCGCCUCGCGGACGGGCUGCUCCCCACCGAGUACACCUUCGUGGGCCUCCUCACCGCCUGCGCCCGCAGGGGCAACCCGCGCCUCGGGACGCAGGUGCACGCCCUCGCCGCCAAGUCCGGUCACGCCUCGUCGCUCCUCGUGGCCAACGCGCUCCUCGGCAUGUACGUCAAGUGCGGCCGCUUCGGGGACGUGAUGAGGGCGUUCGACGGCAUGGACCACCGCGACGUCUCGUCGUGGAACGCCGUCCUGGCCGGGCUCGUCGAGCUGGGGCGGCACGAGGAGGCGUUCGAGCUGUUCGGCGAGAUGCGGGCUAGCGGGGACGUCUGUGCCGACAGGUUCACCCUGUCGGCGCUCCUCACCACGGCGGGCCAGGGGUUUGGCCAGCCCCAGGGCGAGGCCGUGCAUGCUCUGUCGCUCAAGUCGGGGCUGGAGACGGACCUGAGCGUGGGCAACGCGCUCAUCGGGGGUUCUACGCGGAGCAUGGGGCCUCUGUUGCGGAUGUGGAACUUCGUUACAUAUAAUGCGGUUCCCACUGGGUUUUGUCGGAAAAAGGAAGGCGUGCGCGUCACGUUUGCCAAGAAGGCGGGCCUCCGAGGUCUCGGUUUGUUUAGGCAAAUGGUGGAGGAUGGGCUGGAGAUCUCAGAUGUCACGGUGACGGGCGUGCUGAAUGUCUGUGCUAUUGCUGCGGAUAGGAAGGCGAGCGAGCAGGUUCAUGCUUUUGUGAUCAAGUGUGGAUGCAUGUCUAGUCCGUGGAUUGAUGCUGUGUUGAUUGAUAUGUGCAUCAAAUGUGGCCGAUCUGGAGACGCACAUCUGUUAUUUGAGCAAUGGCAGCAUGAGGAGAGCUUUCACAUUGCCUGGAAUUCUCUACUGCUGGCUAGUGUCAGAGAUGGUGAGUAUGAGAAAACAUUUUCGACCUUCCUUCAGAUGUUUAGAAGCAGUGGUGUAGAAUUCAUCGAUGAGUUCAUGUUGACUGCUGUCCUUGGGGUAUGUGGCAGUCUAGGUUUUGCUGAACUUGGAAAGCAAUUGCAUUCCUUUGCUGCAAAAUCUGGGCUUCUGUGCGCUCGUGGAGUUGGUAACGCGUUUAUUAGUAUGUACGGCAAGUGCGGGGAGUUGAAAGAUGCGGCCAAUUUCUUUGAGCGGAUGACUUGUCGAGAUUUGGUGUCAUGGAAUGCAAUGGUCACUGCCCAUCUUCUUCUUCAUCAGGGGGAUGAGAUAUUGAAGAUAUGGUCUGAGAUGGAGAGAUUAAUGAUCAGGCCUGAUUCCAUUACCUUUCUUCUGGUCAUAUCUGCUUGCAGUCACACAAGCUCAGACUCCACAGAGAAAUGCAGGGAACUCUUUCUUUCUAUGCGAAGCACAUAUGGCAUUGAACCAGCCAUGGAGCACUAUGCAGCCUUUGUUUAUGUCCUUGGCUGCUGGGGCCAUUUUCAAGGUGGCACUCCUCUGAGAACACAAGGCUACAGAUGCGUGAAAAGGGUAUGCGCAAGAUCCCAGCAAGGAGCUGGACGUUUCACGGCAACAUGGUCCAUUCAUUUUUCGCGACGGGAUAGAGCACACCCACAGUCCAGGGACAUAUCGCCCGGCCUGGAUGUGCUGAUCCUUGAGUGCAUAAAGGAUGGGUACGAGCCGGACACCACCUUCGUCCUGCACGACGUCGAGGAGUACCAGAAGAGGCACUUUCUGAUGUACCACAGCGUGAAGCUAAGCGUCAAUGUAUGGCCUUCUGAUGGCAGGCCCUGGACAGAUCGUCCGUGUGGUGAAGAACAUCCGCAUGUGCGGGAUUGCCACUCUUUCUUGGAGCACGCCUCUGCUGCCACCGGUAAAGUGAUCUCGGUGCCUAAUGCAUUCACGCGGAAAUAUUUCUCAGAGUACAAAGGUCAACACCCGGUUCCUGUUUGCACUUCCUCGGGGGCUUGUCUUACCAAGGCCAUUGGGGAAGUGGCAAUAGGGCAGGCAUUUCCGCAGCCCUCCAGGUCCAGGCCGUUGGAUGAAGGGCUGCUGGCAGAGAGAUAA